GCGCGCUGUGGGCGGUGCCCGGCGGGGCCACGCCUUUUCCGGCCCGCCGUGCGGCCUGGGCUCCCGCGUGUUUGAAAGCACGCUGUGUCUGCUGCUGUCUUAACUCCUGUGCUUGGCGGACAGACAGGCGAGAUGGCGGCGGAGGUGUUGCCGAGUGCGAAGUGGCAGUAUUGUGGGGCGCCCGACGGGAGCCAGAGAGCUGUACUGGUCCAGUUCUCCAACGGGAAGCUACAGAGUCCAGGCAACAUGCGCUUUACCUUGUAUGAGAACAAAGAUUCCACCAAUCCCAGGAAGAGGAAUCAACGAAUCCUGGCAGCUGAAACAGAUAGGCUUUCCUAUGUGGGAAACAAUUUUGGGACUGGAGCCCUCAAAUGCAACACUUUGUGCAGGCACUUUGUGGGAAUUUUGAACAAGACCUCUGGCCAAAUGGAAGUAUAUGAUGCUGAAUUGUUCAACAUGCAGCCACUGUUUUCAGAUGUAUCAGUUGAGAGUGAACCGGCGCUGGAGAGUCAGACCAAAACUUACAGAGAAAAGAUGGAUUCUUGUAUUGAAGCCUUUGGUACCACCAAACAGAAGCGAGCUCUGAACGCCAGGAGAAUGAACAGAGUUGGCAAUGAAUCUUUGAAUCGUGCAGUGGCUAAAGCUGCAGAGACUAUCAUUGAUACGAAGGGUGUUACUGCGCUGGUCAGUGAUGCUAUCCACAAUGACUUGCAAGAUGACUCCCUCUACCUUCCUCCCUGCUAUGAUGAUGCAGCCAAGCCUGAAGAUGUGUAUAAAUUUGAAGAUCUUCUUUCCCCUGCGGAGUAUGAAGCUCUUCAGAGCCCAUCUGAAGCUUUCAGGAACGUCACAUCAGAAGAAAUACUGAAGAUGAUUGAAGAGAACAGCCAUUGCAACUUUGUCAUAGAAGCGUUGAAGUCUUUGCCAUCAGAUGUGGAGAGCCGAGACCGCCAGGCCCGAUGCAUAUGGUUUCUGGAUACCCUCAUCAAAUUUCGAGCUCAGAGGGUAGUUAAGCGGAAAAGUGCUCUGGGACCUGGAGUUCCCCACAUCAUCAACACCAAACUGCUGAAGCACUUUACCUGCUUGACCUACAACAAUGGCAGAUUACGGAACUUAAUUUCGGAUUCUAUGAAGGCGAAGAUUACUGCGUAUGUGAUCAUACUUGCCUUGCACAUACAUGACUUCCAAAUUGACCUGACAAUGUUACAGAGGGACUUGAAGCUCAGUGAGAAGAGGAUGAUGGAGAUAGCCAAAGCCAUGAGGCUGAAGAUCUCCAAAAGAAGGGUGUCUGUGGCCGCCGGCAGUGAAGAAGAUCACAAACUGGGCACCCUGUCCCUCCCGCUGCCUCCAGCCCAGACUUCAGACCGCCUGGCAAAGCGGAGGAAGAUUACCUAGACGCAUGCUUUCCAGACAGGGCAUUUUGGCUGCAUCACAGCCACUGGCUGGUCGUAUUCAUUUCCAUUUUUAUGUUUUAAAAAGGAAAGGUCCAGGGAUGGUGGCUCACACCUGAAAUCCCAGCACUUUGGGAGGCCGAGGCAGGAAGAUCAUUGAGCUCAAGAGUUUGAAACCAGUCUGGGCAACAUAGGGAGACCCCAUCUCUACCGGGGGGAAAAAAAAAAAAGAGUCAGGCCUGGUGGUGUGCGCCUGUAAUCCCAGCUACUCGGGAGACUGAGGCAGGACGAUUACUUGAGGUUGGGAAAUCAAGGUUGCAGUGAGCUACGAUUGCGUGGCCACACUCCAGCCUGGGUCACAGAGUGAGACCUUGUCUCAAAAAAGUAAAAUAAGGAAAAAAGAAGCCUUGCUUUGGCACAGGUAUGAAGCCAGAAGCCAGCAUGUCAACUGUGCUUGUCUUAUGCAGAAAUAUAAAGCAAUGGCCCGGUUGGACUUCA